AUGGCACCUUAUCAGCCCUUCGGGGGAUGGAAGGUCCCAAUGCUCCGUCAUCGAAGGCAAAGAAAGGGAACGACGGGAGGAAAAAAACUGAAUGAGGUCCACUCCGACCUAGGCCAGGGUUUUAAAAAGAGCAGCAGAAUGGAGACUCUUCGCCUCGAUUCCACAGACGUUUGCACAUGUACCGUUAUGUACUCUGUACACCGGACUCCGUAUAGAGGACAUCAUACGCCGUCCAUUGAUCGAGUCGCUGGUGAAUCUCUGCAAACGGAAAUUGGGUCCAAGCGACACACGGUCGAAGCCUUCUCGGCUCUCUGGAGCCCAUUCUGGACUAAGGAAGACGGCUCGCUCGUUGCUCGCCGUCUGAGGGCGAAUGAGCGAGUUCAUUGGCUCGUCGGGCGGUUUUUUGCGAGUACCGAGGGUGGCCGAGCCAGCCCUAUUCACUCACGAGAACUAAGUCGAGCUGGCGCAUCCUGGGGGCGACCGUUCCUUCGAAGGGCGAAUAGUGCCGGAGUAACGUGCUUUUGCUUUUUCCUGCCGAGGUGUGAAUCCUCCUCGAUCGACAAGUCUGUUGGGGCUUGCUCUAAAGUUAUUUACCCGCCCAAACAACGUCACCGGCAACAUGGUCAUACUACUGUCGACGGGUGUCAAGCCGCCGGCUUACCGGGAAGCAUCGAGGUCUCGCUUCCUGCGCCCUUGAAGACGCCAGACUUCUCCGGCACGGACAACUUUAAUAGUUCAGAGCUUCGGCGGGGGGAAAAACAAGAGGCUGAGGGCCGAUCAUCCACGCAUGCACGGCACGAGAAUCCCACGUUGAUGGAGAGCUGUUCCACCAUAUGGCACCAUAUAGACUAA